AUGGUUCGUUACGUGCCUCGUCUGCCGGAUGGUGAAAAAGUGAAACUAGCUUGGCCAUUGGCCAUAUUUCGCCACAAUCAUAUCUUUUGGCCGUUGGAUCCAUCAACAGGAAAAUGGAGACGCUAUAUAGAUCAUAUAAUGGCCGUGCUGGGCUGUCUGAUAUUCGUACAACAUAAUGAUGCUGAAUUGCGUUAUCUACGCCGUGAAGCGAGAGAAUUAAAUCUGGAUUCUUUUCUAACUGGCAUGCCCACAUAUUUGAUAUUGGUUGAAGCUCAGUUUCGAAGUCUUCAUAUAUUGCUUCAUUCAAGCGAUUUGCAAAAAUUUCUGCAAAAGUUUUACUACGCCAUUUAUGUGGAUCCGCGCAAGGAGAUUAAAAUGUUUGAGAAAAUUGAGCGAGAUAUGAAAGUGAAUCGUUUAGUUUCAGCCAUGUAUGGAGCUGUUAUAUCUGGUUAUCUUAUUUCUCCCAUAUUUAUGCUGAUCAAUCGUCGUAAAGAUUUUCUUUAUUCAAUGAUAUUUCCAUUCGAUGUCCAACCAUUUUAUAUAUUUCUACCAUUACUAUUAAGUAAUGUUUGGGUUGGUUUGAUUAUUGAUUCGAUGAUGUUUGGUGAAACAAAUUUGCUGUGUGAACUGAUUGCCCAUCUAAAUGGUCGUUAUCUAUUGAUGAAGAGAGAUUUGACAAAAGAUAUAGAUAAAAUUUUGUUAGCACGAAAUCGUAAUCACAUGGCUAGACAAUUGAAACAACUAAUUGUUCGUACACUUCGUGAAAAUGUUGAAUUAAAUCAUUUCUGUCAGCAGCUGGAGGAACAAUACACAGUUAGAGUUUUCAUAAUGUUUGCAUUUGCUGCUGGUCUACUGUGUGCCCUAUCCUUCAAGGCUUAUACGAAUCCAUUAGCCAAUUAUAUAUAUGCUAUAUGGUUUGGUGCCAAAACGGUUGAAUUGCUCUCACUUGGCCAAUUGGGUUCAAAUUUGGCAUAUACGACCGAUUCCCUUAGCUCUAUGUACUAUCACACAAACUGGGAAGACAUUUUGCAAUAUUCGACAAAUGCGGAGGAGAAUCUGAGGCUACUAAAGCUCGUCACAUUGGCCAUAGAGAUGAACAGCAAACCAUUUUAUGUGACAGGAUUGAAGUAUUUUCGUGUUAGCAUACAGGCUGGCCUGAAGAUAUUGCAGGGUGCCUUCUCCUACUUUACAUUUCUCACAUCGAUGCAACGUCGACAAAUAAGCAAUUAAAAAUGAAAAUGCAUAAUUUA